AAAGAGGAGGGGGCGGGGGGUAGGGGGAGCCAAUCCCGGCAGCGCCAAAGGGGGGAGGCGGCGGUGACAGCCGCGGGGAGGGGGCGGGAGGAGAGAGGCGGCUUGGCUCUGGCUCGGUGCUUAGCUCCGCUCUGCCUCCGGCUCUGCGCUCACCUACUGCCCAAGCCUCCAGCUCCUGCCCCAGGACCCCCAGCGGGACCCCAGUCCAUCCCAGACUCAGCCCCAGCUCAGACAGCGUGCAACGCCGCCAGGGGGCGCCGUGUGAGCGCCCUAUCUUGGCCACCCGGCGCCCCCUCCCACGGCCCAGGCGGGACGGGACGGGGGCGCCGGGGGCCAUGCGGGGCCAGGGCCGCAAGGAGAGUUUGUCCGAUUCCCGAGACCUGGACGGAUCCUAUGACCAGCUCACAGACAGCGUGGAGGAUGAGUUUGAACUGUCCACGGUGUGUCACCGGCCAGAGGGUCUGGAGCAGCUGCAGGAGCAAACCAAGUUCACACGCAAGGAAUUGCAAGUCCUGUACCGGGGCUUCAAGAAUGAAUGUCCCAGUGGAAUUGUCAAUGAGGAGAACUUCAAGCAGAUUUACUCUCAGUUCUUUCCUCAAGGAGACUCCAGCACAUAUGCUACUUUUCUCUUCAAUGCCUUUGACACCAACCAUGAUGGCUCCGUCAGUUUUGAGGAAAUGCUUGAUAUCAUGAAAUCCAUCUAUGACAUGAUGGGCAAGUAUACUUAUCCUGCACUUCGAGAGGAGGCCCCAAGGGAGCACGUGGAGAGCUUCUUCCAGAAGAUGGACAGGAACAAGGAUGGCGUGGUGACCAUUGAGGAAUUCAUUGAGUCUUGCCAAAAGGUACAGACCCCUGCCCUCCACAUUUCCAUGAUCUGGACUCAGGGUCCAAUUCAGUGAUGUAGGAGAAAGCUCCUUUGGGCAGAGUAUCGUCUCCCUAACUUGCCCACACUCCCAAGUCCUGUUCCGUCACAACUCGGGGAGGCCUGUCCCUUCCCUACUUCAGAUCUCUCUGGGUGUCUCCUUCCUUGCCGCCUCUCUCUCUCUCUGAAUGUCCCCAUUUCAAGUGACUGUCCCUCUCUGUGUCCCUGAUAAGCUCUUUUUUAUUUCUCUCUCUCUCUCCAAUCUGCCUCUCCCCCACCAUGGCUACAGGACGAGAACAUCAUGAGGUCCAUGCAGCUCUUUGACAAUGUCAUCUAGCUCCCCAGGAAAGGGGGUCAGUUGCCCUGGGGGGACUAUACUCUAGCCCUAGUCCAGGUGGAACUCACCCUUCUCUUCCCAGGUCUGUCCUCAUCCUAGCUGGGCCCUGGGGGCUGUAGGAAUCUAAGAGUCUGGGGAUUCAGUGGUCCAGAUUGCUGGAGCUAAAGGGGCCAGGGCAUGGGCAGAGUGUAUCUGUGGGGUGUUCCCAACUCCCAACAGCUCCCACCCCCUUCCUGCCUGACACUCAGUGCUGAGGGUACCCCCGUUAUAGGAAAUAAACGGUUCUCCACUUUCCAUCCCCACUCUAGAAACUACAACACUAGACAAAAUGUCUCCUGGUAUGGUGCUUUCCCUAUCCCUGAUCUCAUAUGCAUUUCCUCUAAGAUUUCCUUCUCAGAGAGUCUGUUCUGUCUAUGGCACUGACUGGCCUUUCAGACCAGGGCCUUUGAGAGCCUUAUAGGAGGGGGGACAGGAAUGGAGAGGGAGAAAUCUUAGGCCUGAGCCAGGUGGUUAGGUCAUAGGUGGCUGGGGUAGAGUGCAGAAAGGCCUGGAGAUUGUCAGUGACAGCUCAGGCAUGCCAGACCAUAGCUCUGAGCUCCAUAGGUCUACCACCCCCAGGCUAUCAGAAUUUGGGUUCCAGGCCCUUCAGAAGACUCUGUCUCCUUGGAAAUGCCCCAGAAAUUUCCAUACUCUCCUCAGUAUUCCAGGAGAGCCUGGGAUCCUGAUGUCUGGCUCAUGCCUGGAAUUCCUUCCUUCCUGUUUGUGUGGGUGGUGGCAGCAGCAGGGGAAUAUGGAUGGGAGAUGUGCCAGCUGAUACCUGCCAAAGUUUCAGCCUACCCUCUCUGAAGGGGGUUAAGUUUUCAUUUACCAUUUCUUCUAGACUUGGAGGCAUGGAGUGAGUCAGGGACCAUCCAGUGGAUGCCUUAGAAGAAAGGGGAAGGAGGGAGGCAGGCAUAGCAUCUGAACUCUGUGAGGGGGCAUUCACUAGAAUCUUUGAUCUACCCAGGCUCUAUUCCAACCCCCCACGUAGUCUCCUCAAUUCCGACUUAGGGUCUUCUUUUGCUCUAUUCAGUCUACCCAGAGAUGCCCCCGUACACAUCUAGAAGGCAGGGACCACUCUUGCCAUGCUGCCACCCUUUAAUAUACCUGCUCGUUCCAUUUAGCUCACCCUCCCAGUCAGUCAGGAUCUGAGGGGAAGGGCCCUGAGGGAGCCCCCUUUCCCAUCAGAACACUGUUGACUGCUUUGCAUUUUUGGCUCCUCUGUAUAUUUUGUAAAAUAAAAAAAUACACCAAUCCAAUAAAACACAAUGGCUAUGCA